AUCCUUGCUCAAUACACAUUCAUUCAAUUACAAUCAACACUCACCAGACUCCCUACAAACACUUCACUGAGCAAAAACCAUGGCAGCUACUGAUCAUAUUGCCGCUACUCCCACCUAUGACCUUGCGAAAGAGUUCAAGGAAUUUGAAGAAUCCAAGAUGGGUGUCAAGGGCCUCGCUGAAUCUGGCAUUACCUCAAUACCCAAUAUGUUCAUUCACCCACCUGAGGUUCUCUCCACUCUCAAAAAACCCACCUCUCACACCAAAAAAGCAAUACCUUUAAUCGACCUUUCCAACUUGAACGUCCCCACCAAACGACACCAACUUGUGGAGCAAAUCAGAGAAGCCACUUCCUCAUGGGGCUUCUUCCAAGUCAUCAACCAUGGGGUACCUUUGUCAGUCCUAAACGAAAUCAUUGACGCAAUCAAAGCCUUCCAUGACCAACCCCACGAGGUCAAGGCCAAACUCUAUAACCGUGACAACGAUAAGCAAGGGGUUAUGUACCAGAGCAACUAUGACUUGUACCGAGCCAAAGUUGCGACCUGGCAUGACUCGCUCACGAUUUGGACGGCCCCAGAGGAAAAGCGUGGAAAGGAGGAGGAUAUUCCAGAGAUUUGUAAGAAAGAGAUGGCUGCGUGGGAAUCGCAUUCAUCAAAGGUGGCUGAGAUUUUGUUGGAGUUACUGUCAGAAGGGUUGGGUGUGGAGGCUGAGAGGUUUAAGAAGUUGGGGUUUUUUGAUGCUAGGCUGCUUGUUGGACACUGCUAUCCGUAUUGUCCACAGCCAGAUCUGACGGUGGGGCUAAAACCUCACACAGAUUCAGGAUUCACUGUGUUGUUGCAGAACCAAGUGGGAGGGUUGCAAGUGAAGCAUUGUGAUGAGUGGGUGGAUGUAGAGCCUAUCCCUGGAGCAUUGACCAUCAACAUUGGUGACAUCAUUCAGAUAAUUUCAAAUGACAAUUACGUUAGUGUGGAACAUCGUGUUUUGGCUAAGGCAUCUAAGGAGCCACGUAUCUCAGCUGUGGCAUUUUUCAACAUGAACACUAAUGCGGGUUUUGAACCUUUACCAGAAAUAUUGUCAUCCGAUAAACCAGCUAUUUACCGCAAAUCCACGAUGACAGAAUUCCUUGAAAGUUUUUAUAGUAAGGGAUUGGAUAGCAAGUACUUCCUUAAAAAAGUCAAGAUUGUGAAUUGAGAAUACUAAAAAAAGGCAAUGACAAUAAAGUCAAUAUGAUGCAUGUUGCUUAUUUCCGUUACCUAUGUGAGUGGAAUGGAGUGACCCAUUCCUUGCCUAAGAAUGUACUUUGCUUAAGGCAUAAUAAAUGAGGCAAACUAUAUGUACUUUGCUUCAAGCUAAA